UAUACCGGCCAUAUAAAAAAAACUCAAAAUCUACAAAAUUUUGAUUUUUUCGUUUUAUUUUAUUUUUCUAUGAAUUAAAAAUAAAAUUCUUUAUGGUUUAUGGGAAUGUUGUUAAAGUUUUGCAAACAAAAUUAUAUAAGAAUGUACUCCUCGUCUAGAAAACUGAAUCGAAUUAUUUCUUCAGCUGAAAUUAGAAAGACAUUCCUUGAAUAUUUCACAGAAAGUCAUGGUCAUAAGUUUGUUAGGUCGAGUCCGGUGGUUCCAUUAUGUGAUCCAACUGUGGCAUUCGUCAAUGCUGGAAUGAAUCAGUUUAAAUCUGUAUUUCUGGGGAAGACUGUUCCACCAAGUAAACGAGUUGCAAAUUCGCAAAAAUGCGUUCGGGUUGGUGGGAAACAUAAUGAUUUGUCAAUCGUUGGACAGGAUGGCUAUCAUCAUACGUUCUUUGAGAUGUUGGGCAAUUGGUCAUUUGGAGAUUACUUCAAGAGAGAAGCUUGUGAAAUGGCCUUGGAGUUGCUGAAAGGCCCCUAUGGAAUAGACACUUCAAGGUUAUACGUUACAUAUUUCGCUGGUGAUAAGGCUCUAGGUUUACCAGCUGAUACUGAGUGUUUUGAGAUCUGGAGAAGUUUAGGAUUUCCAGCAGAGAGAAUUCUUCCCUUCGGGAGCAAAGACAACUUCUGGGAGAUGGGUACGACAGGACCAUGUGGUCCAUGUACAGAAAUUCACAUCGAUCAUAGGCCAGAUCUUUCGACAAAAGAAGACCGAGCUAAACUUGUUAACGCCGGAAGACCCGACCUUACAGAACUAUGGAAUAUUGUGUUUAUACAGUACAACAGAAAUGCAGACGGCUCUAUAGAGCCAUUGCCAGAGAAGCAUGUCGACACCGGAAUGGGGUUUGAACGCUUAGCGGCGAUUCUACAAAAUAAGAGUUCAAACUAUGACACUGAUUUAUUUACCCCAAUUUUUGAAACUACACAAAAGCUCUGCAAAGUGCCUGAAUAUAGAGGCUUGUUUCCAACAGAAACAGAGAGACAAUCUCUCGACACUGGAUACAGAAUAUUAGCUGAUCAUUCGAGAAUGAUAACUGCGUGUAUAGCCGAUGGAAUGCUUCCUGAUCAAAAUCAAAAACUAAGACGUGUUUUACGGAAAGCUAUUCUAACAUCAGAAAAUGUUUUCAAAAAUGCCAAUCUUCUGCCACAACUUAUACCCGUUGUGGUCGAUACAUUAGGAACAGCCUAUCCUGAAAUGAAUGCCAAAUUAAGUGACGUUCUAGAAAUAAUCGCACAUGAACAGGAUGUUUUCAAAACAGUUCGAAGUAGUUCAUCGAAAGCUUUCAACGAGGUUUUACAACAAUAUCCCAAGCUUCAAGAUGUCGAUCUGAUGGAGUAUUCGGGUUUUGUACCGGCUUUUAAAGAUCUCCAAGCUCAAAAAUCGACAUUCACAGGAGGGGUUAUUCCCGGCAAGUUCCUGUUCAAAUUAACAGAUACUUUUGGGUUGUCUGAGGAUUCAUUUAAAAUUCUGGCCGAAUUGGAAGGAAUGCAGUUGGACGAAGAAGGUUAUAGGGAAGAGUCGGCUAGAGCUAAGGAGAGAUCGAAAGCUUCAAGCUUCGAUAGCACGAAUCAGCGACAAAUGAAUGAAGCCUUAUCGAAACUUACACUCUCUUGCAAGAACACUGAUAGUAGUCCCAGGUACAGCUACAGGUUUAACACAAGAGGACGAUUUUACGAAGUGCCACAGGUGCAAACAGUUGUCCUGGGAAUUCUACAAAAUGAUAAAGAAGUUCAAUCUGCGACUCCAGCUGAAGAUGGGACUGAUCUUAUCAGUGUAAUCACUGAAAGAAGCAAUUUCUACUAUGAAGCUGGAGGUCAACAGUCUGACAGAGGUUAUAUAGAAUUUGAUGGUUGUAAGCUCUAUGUUGAGAAGGUUCUCCACAUGAACGAUUGCAUUGUUCAUGUUGGGAGGUUUAAAGAUUCUGGAGGAACUCUGAAAGUGGGCAGCAAAGUUACUUUACACGUAGACCCAGAACAUCGUACAACAAACACUUGUCAUCAUACAGCGGUUCAUCUGCUUAAUGGCGCUGUGCGUUCUCUGUACAAAAAAGUCACAUAUCAAGUUACAAGUUCUGUUUCCAGUGAGAAUUGCAAACUUGAAUUGGGUAUAAUUGGCCAGCGUAUAGGAAGAGAGCAAGUAGAUGAAAUCGAGAAACUUUUAAGAAAUGUUAUCGAGUCAGGAAUUCCUUCUCAAGUUUCUUUAGCGAAUGCCUCAGAUGUUAUUGGUCAGACGAAUAUUACAUUAGUGCCUGGAGAAAUAUAUCCUGAAACUGGUCUUCGUCUAAUAACAAUUGAAAAUAAGAAUCUUUCCUUCUUAUCGAAUGAACUUUGCUGUGGAACACAUGUUUUGAACACAAGUGAGUUGGACAAUGUCGUUAUUACUAACCUUAAGCAGACGAACCGUGCGAGGUACGCCUUCACAGCUGCAGCUGGAAAAGCUGCUAAUAAUGCCAUAACUCGUGCAGCGCAAAUAAGAUCUAGAGUCGACACUUUAGAGCAAGAGUACAAAUCCAACACUGAUAUCUUGUAUACAACAGAAAUUGAAUUACAAAAAAUUCGAAACAACAUUCUUCACACUGAUAUCGUAUUGCCAUAUGUUUUUCGAGUUGAAAUUCUAAACCGAAUCAACGAUAUUCUGAAGCAGCUUAAGAAGACGUCCCGAACUUCGCUCAAAGCAUUUGUUGAAGAUGAAAUGAGAAGUCUCCUGCAAGAGAAACCAAUUGAAAAGUAUCCAUUUAUCAUACACUAUCUAUCGAGUUCGGCUCUUCUUGAAGAAGUACCUUUGCAGAAAGCCACACAGUUAUGUACCGAUCGUCCUAUUCUGGUGGUUAGUAUGUGUGAUGGAAUUGUCAAGGCGAGAUGUUGCGUACCAAAAGAGUUCGUAACAAAUAAUUUUAACGCACAAAAAUGGUUACAAUUGUUUGCAUCUAUCUUCGAGGCACAACUGACUGCCCCGAAGGGUCAGAAUUCAAAUGAAGUUUGCACUAUGAAGGGGAAGAAAGUCUCCUUAGAAUUCGAUGAGAAACUUGAAGUUGCCAUCAAUAAAUGCCGUGAAUAUGCCGCUAAUGAAUUAUCGUGAUGUUCUAGUCAUAUUUGUAUACUGGAUUUAGUUGUAUAGUUUUGUAAGUUACAAUUUAUUUAUCAGAUGCUUUUAUCUCUGUUUGAUUAUAAAGUUAAAAUAACUAAGAGUUAAA